AUGAAAGAGCGCAGAGGAUACAAUAUCAAGAUUUGGAAAGACAACUUUCUAUUGGACCAGAACGAUUUCAGACAACGAAUCCCCUGCUCAGCUGAGAAUUCAUUGCCAAGGGCAGUGUGGCUGAGAAGUACAGUAGCGGGGGUCGAAAAUGCACAGCCUCCGUUCUUUUUGACAUCCUUCGAGUGCGACCAAAACACAAAACCCUCGCACUUCACCCUGAUCAUCCUGUUCCCCAUUUCCUUCUCUCACCAACAUCGAAAUCAACAGGGAGGAAAGCAUAGCUGCCAGACAAUAGGAAAGCUAAUAAUCAUGACCGGGCCCGCGACACCAGGGCAAGAAGGCCCCUCCUUCGCACCUCCCCCGUUACCUGAAGGCUGGAUCGCUCAGUGGGAUGGCAUGUCCAAGAAAUACUACUUCGUUCAGCUGUCGACGGGAGCAUCGCAAUGGGACACCCCUACACGCGCCGCCCCCACAGGCCCUACACCACAAGCUACUCCCCAGGGAGGGCUGGAACAUCCGUACGGCACGCCUGAUCAGCAGCUAGACAUUAUUACGAAUCCCGAUGGUAGCCAGAGCAUCAGGAAUCCUGAUGGGUCAUUGGAACCGUACACAACGGAUCGAAGUCUCUCGGGCAAUAUUGGGCAAUUUGCCAUGAACCAGCUCUUGGGUGGAGGAAAGAAACCGAAUCAAGGUGGCGGAGGACUGGGUGCAUUAGCAGGUCAGUUCCUGGGUGGUGGUUCGAGCCACAACCAAAAUACACAUUCGAGUGGUGGUGGCAUUGCGGGUGCUUUGGCUGGCCAGCUUCUGGGUGGCGGGAAGAAACCAGAGCAGCAACAGAGUUAUUCUGGAGGCCAGAGCAAUCAACAGAGUCAUGGCUCGGGUAUGAUGGGCACUUUGGGCGGAAUGUUUGGCGGGCAUUCAAGCUCUACGCAGGGAACCUCUUAUGGAUAUUCUUCUCAUGGAGAGCAACAGGGUGGAUACUCUGGAUCGGCACCCCCAACCUCUUAUCAACCCAGCGGAACGGCUCAUACACAAUACAACCCUCCCCCGCUAAACCAAUAUGCCCAGGGUGUAAAUCAGUCUCAGUCUCAGUCUCAAUCAUACAACCAACCUUCCCAACCAUCCUACGGGCAGAACAAACCUCAAUCUCAAUCAUACAGCUCUCCACAACCUCCUUACGGAGCACCCCUAAACUCACAACCAGCUUAUGGCACACCUUCAAAUGCCCAACAACCACCAUACGGAGGUGCCCAACACCAAGACACUUAUGGCCAGCAAUCUCAGCCGUACUCAAGCCCCUCUAGCCAGCAACCGCCUUAUGGUGCUCCCCCAAACAGCCAACAGCCACCUUACGGCGGACCCCCAACCAACCAACAACCUCCUUUUGGAGGUGUUCAACAUCAGGAUACCUACGGAGGCCACCAAGGGACCCCGUCCUUGCAGCAAUAUCCGCCACCUCCAAAUCAUCAAGGAGGUUCAGGAUAUGGUGGCUCCGCCCCUCCUUCAGGCAACCUUUCACAGCCGCAACAUCAGCACUUUCAAAGAUUGCACAAUGCUGAGCACUCAGGUGGUUUGUAUGGCAACAACGGCGGCGCUCCUACUGUCCCCUCCGGCUCCCAUCCGUACCAAGGCCAGAAUGCACCUCAACCACCUCAAUAUGGUGCACCUCCAAACCAAUACGGAGGACAACAAAGAUGGUAA